AUGCAAACCCGUAUUUUGCCGAAGAGUGGACCUCGUGGCCCGUUUGGUGGAGUAAAUCGGGGUCUUUACCAGUCCGGUUCAUAUGGACACCCAAUGGGCAACGGGGCUAAUGGUCUGGGUGUACUGUCUGGCGGAGGUUCGGCUACAGCCGCGGCACGUCGUGAACGUCAAUUAAACAUGGAAACAUUUGGAUCGAUGGCUGCCAGACUACCGUUUGUCCCAAGACGUCGACCGACCGGUAGUGUUCCAAGAGAGUUCCUGGUCUCCGCCUCGGCCUAA